AGCCAAUAGAAUUCGCGUUUGGAUGGACGUGGACAAGAAUGUAAAGCGUCUAGAUACAAGAAACUUAGAUUGACGGUAACAAGUUGAUGAAGCAAACUUGUUUUACGUGAACAGUUCGGUUUGGUUUGAUGUUAUAUACGUUUAUUUCCUGAUGUCUUUACUAACAAGAAAAUCUAAGGCGUAAAUCUCGAGGACAAAGUGGGAUCAUGCCAAAAUUCAACUUCUCUUUUCGAAGAAGAGAACAAAAAGCGUUUAAGAACAUAGCUCAUGGCUUGAUCCCUGCUGCUACUAUUGCUCCCAAGCCUGCUGUUCCCCGCACUCCUCCCCCUCGUAGCCCCGCUUCCUCACCAGAGAGACCGAGGUCUGCUCUUGCGGCUGCCAUAUUGACAUCCUCUUUAACAGGACGUACCUUUGCCAUCCCUCCACCUCGCAGCAGGUCCUAUUCUGAGAGCGAAUGCUCACACACAGACAGCCAAACUGGCUUCGAGCCCUACGCCAGCACAGCACUUUACACCAGGGAUCGUUGGCCAGAUUCAGUGGUGGGCCGACCUCGUCUGCCUUCUCCACGACCCAGCGACGAUGACAAUGAUAACGACGAGGUUGAGGAGGAAGAGUCAGAGGCAGACGUGUGUGGAGGGGAAAGCCAUGUGUACCAGUCUAUAAAAAGACAGAGCAGAGCUCCAGUUGCAGUUAAGAAGACCUCCGCAUUUCACUUAAAACCGGAUGAAGACACGGACAACUCUACUUUUGAGGUCGUCUCUCCUUUAAACACUGAAGAUGAGACCGAGGUGGACGAAGGGACAAGCAUGAAGAAGCCUCCACUGGCACCACAGACCAAGUCUCCAUCGCCCAGAAGCAUGGCAUCUCCAGAUGCAAAAGAAGAUCUGCAAGCUCAGUCUCCAUCCAGCAGCACUCCAAGGAGAAAGACCUUGAUGAAGAAUAAGAGUCCAGCACGAGAGCGUAAGAGAGACAAAUUAGAGGUGAACGAGGCAUAUCAACAUGCUGUGGAAUUUCAGCCGGAGCUAGUGAAUGAGUUGAGAGAGCUUAGAGAACACAAUCACACUCUGACUGCACAGAAGGAGGUGCUGGAAAGGAUGUGCUCAGAACAGAACCAGCAAAUGCAGCACCUACACCAGCAAAGAUCACACUCGUCCCGGGAUAGAAGGCACUCAACAGAUGAGAGUUCUGAACUGCUGAGUUUGAGGCAGCAGGCACAGGAGCUGGUGGAUGAGAAUGAUGGAUUGAAGAUGACAGUGCAUCGGCUAAACGUGGAGCUGAGCCGAUAUCAAGCACGCUUUAGACCACUCACCAGAGAGGAGUUUUCUCGUAACAGUGGCCUACCAUGGAAAGGACCUACUCCUCCAUGGCUGUUGGAUAUGAAAUAUUUAUCCCCGCUCUUAUUGGCUUAUGAGGACCAGCUGACUGAGAGAGACCAGCUCUUCAAAGCCUAUGAGGAGGAUUUAAAGAAGUUGAGAGAGCGCACAGAGGAGGUGAUUCAGGAGAAUGAGAAGCUUCACACAGAGCUCAGCAAGAGGAGCAGUGUCAGUAAUAAAGAGUGGAAGCAGUUGCAGGAUCAGGCACGGCUGGUAUUGGAGGAGAAUCAGGUACUCAUAGAACAGCUGGAACUGCAGCAUAGUAAAUCCAAGGAGAGAGACACCAAACACACACAAGAAGUGUGUAGGUUGACAAAGCAGGUCAUGUUGUUGGAGUCUGAGAAGCAGAACCUGGAGUCUGAGUUAGAGAUGGCACAUAAAGAUCUCUGCAUGCUGAAGGUGAAGCUUAAGAAAGCCAAUUCAACCCUGGAGAGCUCGGUCAGCCGCGUCGAACAUACAGCCGCUACAGACAAACUCAGAUGGAAGCUGGAGGAAGAGGAGAAGCUGAAAUGUACUGAAGUAGAGGAGCUGCAGGAUCGUGUGGCCACACUGCAGGCUGAGAAAAAGACUCUUUUUUUGGAGAAAAAUGACCUUAAUGCACACAUCAAACACCUGGAGAGCGAGCUCCAGCUGGCACGCCAAGCCAACAGGAAAGCUCAAAGGCGUAUCGAUCUUCUGAAGCAGCAGAUUGAAGAUUCUUUAGAGAAGGAGCUCGUAGCCCACCAGUACCUCACCAGCAUUGUGAUACUCGCAGAGAAAACCACUUAUGAGAGAGACCAACUCAUACACAUGGCCUCAUGUCUGGAGAAAGACAAGCAGGGCAUCAUUACUCGCAUCCUGGAAGGAACCGUCCGCCUCGGAAAACUUCAGGAAAAGGUCAAGGUGUUCAAGAAGCAAGCGUCAGCGAGUGUGUGUGCGCUGGGCCAGCGUUUGCAUGAACAGGAACAGGACUUUGCAGGCAAAGCGUCAAGUUUUCAGCGGGAGAUCCAACACCUGCAGGCUCAGCUUCGCGACCGGCAAGAUCAACUCAACGGAGCUCUGCAGCAAAAGAGGGACGUGGAGAAUGAACUGGAGGUGGUAUGGGAAGCCGCUGCAAAAGAAAACCAGCAUUUGCAGGACAUUGUGUUGGGCAAGGUCAAUGUCUUGUUGAGCCCUCAUGACUCACGCCUGUCUGUGGACUGGAAGCCACAGGAAGAUCUCAACCCAGCAGGUCAUCUGAACAGCACAAUAUCUCCUAUCUUUAGCAUGAAACCAAAUCAGAGUAGUGCCAUGUUGAAACCUGACCACCAGUACCACAAUCUGUCGUUUGAUGAGAGUGAGAGGAAUGGAUUAGACGUCUAUUCCUGAUUUGACAAGUGGUGUUCCUAAUAAAGAAUGGGAUUAUUUUAAUAAAUACGUAAGCACUACACAAGACCUAAACAUGAUUAGAUAUCCUCUAUGUGCCAAAUAAUUGAUUCUAAUUUAUUUUUGUCUGUUUACUUUGUAAAUCUGUAGUGAGCUCUUCUACCCCAAACUGUACCACUCAUGUUGAAUCAUAUUUUUUCCAUGAAGAAUCAUCUGGUCCAUAAUUCAACCAUACCACUGUAAGUUUAUAGAUGGUAUAGAUGGUGAUAAUUUCUUCUUCUGUGUAACCCCAAAAAGAAAUAUCCAUCCAACUAAGAACUUUUUAAAAAUCCAAAAUGUAUUUCUUCCCUUUUUCUGCAACUUUAAAGAAUUCUUUUUAGCACCAUACUUGUUAUUAAUGCACUGAAAUUGUUUCAUAGGUUUUAUAUAUAUAACUUAAAAUUAUGGGUCAAUGUAUUAUAUAAAACUAUAUAAAACAAAUUAUCACAUAAAGAAUUAGCUAUGAAAAAAAGUUCUGCUCAUUGUCCUGGACAGCUUCCCAUAUUUGGGGGGGG